AAUAUCAGCCAACCAGAAGCAAUACUUUGAUUUUUUUUUUCCAUAACAAACAUUUCCAAGUGAAACAAACUCACACUAUCUUGAAAAUAUGGCCAUCCGUAUGCCUCGUAUCAUUCAAGCAAAAAAAAUUCUGAGGCGGUCAUUAUCUAAUGGAAGCAGAACUCCAACAUAUACGGACAUCCCAAAAGGCUAUUUUGCAAUUUAUGUUGGGGAACAAGAGAAGAAGCGGCACGUGGUCCCGGUAUCACUAUUAAGCGAACCUAUGUUUCAGGACUUACUGCAUCAGGCGGAGGAAGAGUUUGGGUACAACCACCCAAUGGGCGCUGCACCAACACUCACAAUUCCAUGUAGUGAAGACGUAUUCACGGAUCUUGCUUCUCGUUUGGGAGCGUUCUGACAUGUAUACGUUUGUCUUUAUAACCGCAGUUUUGUAAACAGCUAACAAUUAGGAACACUUUAUAGAUAGAUGUAAAUAGAGAAUUGUUCCAGUUGAAUGAAAUUUAA